CGUCACGUCCGGGGCGGUGCCGCCGCGUCCCCUCGACCUCGGCGGGCGGCGGUGCGAUGGCGGCGGCGGUGCGGCGCCUCCCGCUGCGGAGCCUCCCGCUGCGGCCCUACGGCCAGCUGCUGCUGCCGCGGGCCCGGACCCGGACCCAGCCCGCCCCGGCCGGGCUGUCGUCGCAGGCCGGGCUGUCGCGGGGCCGGCGGGCGGUGCUGGCGGCGCUGGGGCUGCUGGCGGCGGGCGGGGGGGGGCUGGCGCUGGCCCUGCGCUCCCCCCUGGGCGCCGGGGAGCUGGAGAUGCACCCGCCCGCCUUCCCCUGGAGCCACGGGGGGGCCCUGGCCGCGCUCGACCACGCCAGCCUGCGCCGCGGCUUCCAGGUGUACAAGCAGGUGUGCUCGGCGUGCCACAGCAUGGAGUACCUGGCCUUCCGCAACCUGGUGGGCGUCACGCACACCGAGGCCGAGGCCAAGGCGCUGGCCGAGGAGGUGGAGGUGCAGGACGGGCCGGACGAGAACGGGGAGAUGUUCCUGCGCCCCGGGAAGCUGUCGGACGCCUUCCCCAAGCCGUACCCCAACCCCGAGGCCGCGCGCGCCGCCAACAACGGGGCGCUGCCCCCCGACCUCAGCUACAUCGUCAACGCCCGGCACGGCGGUGAGGAUUACGUCUUCUCGCUGCUGACCGGCUACUGCGACCCCCCCGCGGGCGUGACGGUGCGGGAGGGGCUGCACUACAACCCCUACUUCCCCGGGCAGGCCAUCGGCAUGGCCCCCCCCAUCUACAACGAGAUCCUGGAGUACGACGACGGGACACCGGCCACCCUGUCCCAGCUGGCCAAGGACGUCUGCACGUUCCUGCGCUGGGCGGCCGAGCCGGAGCACGACCAGCGCAAGCGCAUGGGGCUGAAGAUGCUGAUGCUCUCGGGGCUGCUCAUCUCCCUGCUGUUCUACAUGAAGCGGCACAAGUGGUCGGUGAUGAAGAGCAGGAAAAUGGUUUACAAGCCCCCCAAGUAACGGGGGGGGGGCCCCCCAGCUGCACCGCACACACCUCCCGGCUGCGGGGGGGUGCCAUCGCGUGCCCCCGCCGCUCCGCAGCCAACGUCCCCCCGCUCGCCCCCCCGAGGGGGCCGGUGCUCGGUGGGGCGGGGGGGGCACGGAAAUAAAGUCUCGGUUGUUCCAGG